AUGAGUUUAAAGGGUUUCCAGAAGAGCAUUGUCCGCGCCCCGCAAACGUUCAAGGCCAGGUUCAACAUUGGCGAGAACACCAAGGACGCUGUCUACACCGACGCCGAGCGCCGAUUUCAGGAACUCGAAAAGGAGACAAAGAAACUCCACGAUGAGUCCAAGAAGUAUUUCGACGCCGUUAAUGGCAUGCUGGACCACCAGAUCGAGUUCUCCAAGGCCAUGACAGAGUUAUACAAGCCCAUUUCCGGCCGUGCCUCUGACCCGAGCACAUAUACGAUUGAAGGAAACCCCGAAGGCAUUCGGGCUUGCGAGGAAUAUGAAGCAAUUGUGCAGGACUUGAAGGAAGCACUAGCCCCGGAGCUGGAAAUGAUCGAUUCCCGCGUUGUUAGCCCCGCGCAACAGCUCCUAGAGGUUAUUAAGGCGAUUCGCAAGGUUGCGGUCAAGCGAGACCACAAGAAACUGGACUAUGACCGCCACAGGAACACUUUGAAGAAGUUGCAAGAUAAAAAGGACAAGUCGCUCAAGGACGAGAAGGCCCUCUACAAAGCGGAGGGUGAUGUGGAACAGGCCACUCAGGACUACAACGUAUACAACGAUUUGCUCAAGGAUGAGCUGCCGAAACUUUUCGCCCUUGAAGCGGAAUUUAUCCGGCCGCUCUUCCAGUCCUUCUACUACAUGCAGCUGAACGUCUUUUACACAUUGCACGAGAAGAUGCAAGGUAUCAACAUCGGGUACUUUGACCUCACGCGCGACAUCGAAGAAGCCUAUGAGGAGAAACGCGGGGACGUCAAGGAGCGCGCGGAAGAACUCACUAUUGUCCAUUAUAAGACCACGGGUGGUCGCCGGCCAGGCUCGAAACUGACCGGCAAAGACAAACUGGCUGCAGAGCACAAAGGACGCUUUGGAUCACGGCCCAGUGAUCCAGAUGUUGUCGAAAACCCACCGCCUCCGUACUCCCCUGGCUCCAGUGGAAGCGCCCUUGCUGCUGCCGCAGCCAAGAAGCCGGCGCCCCCUCCGCCAAAGCCUAAACCCUCGCAGUUCCGUGCGCAAGUCGAGACAGUCACGGCGUUGUAUGAUUACGAAGCACAGGCUCACGGUGAUCUGAGCUUCUCGGCCGGAGAAGUUAUCGAGAUUUUACAACGGACAGACAACCAAAAUGAGUGGUGGACGGGCCGUGUUGAUGGACGAGAAGGGCAAUUCCCAGCGAACUAUGUCCAGUUGAAUUAG